AUUCCAAAAGGGAUAGCUAUGGUUGCCUAAAUCCAACACCUAUGUUACCUGAAGAAGAAACGGAAGAAAAUUUAGAAGAAAUCAGACAGGAAUUAGCACGUAAAGUUCAGCUGCCACCAACAUCUGAACUCGAGUCAUUACUUAACAGGACAUAUUAUGCCCAGAGGAGGGAUAUUAAUGAUAAGUUGCCACUGCAUGAAUUACAAGUUAAGUGGCCUUUUCUGUUUAAAGAAGUUGGCAUGGAAGUGCACUUCAGAAAUUUAUUAGGGAUGCCAAUGAAGGGAACCCUGCAAAAGAUGAUUAGCCUUAGAGGGCCUAAAUUUCUUAAAUUCUUUGAAGAAAAAUAUAUGUCCAAUAAGAAAAUUGCAGAUGCACUUGCUGAAUUAAACACUGUGCGCAGUGUAGUUGAUAAUGAUCGACCCAUUUUAGCAACAGUCCUGUACGUACUCUGUCAUAUUUUAGGAGAGGAUCCAAACUACCUCUUCAAAAAUGUGACAGUGGUUGGAGAAGUCAGUAGCUUGGUGUUACCAGCAACACCGUGCCUCAUAGCAAUUGGAACAUCAGUGCUCCAGGCUACCCGCUUCAUGGUGGCAGUUGAUGGAAGAGUCAUCAACUCAGACAUAACUUCACUUGUUGCUGCCAUGGCCAUGGUUUUCGCAUCUUUCUAUAUAUUUGGUAUUCACUACCCAUCAGAAGCUUCAGUCACACUGGAAUUUAUCCAGAGGUGUUUCUACAAGAUAAAUCCUGAAAAGGGGACAAAAAAACACAAGAACAAAAAAGAAAGUGGCUCACACACACCCGAGGAUUUUGAAAAUCCUCUCCGAAUUCUCCACGUUUGAAUAUUUGGACUGAGUGAAAAAGCUUUCACUCACUUCUGUACAUAUAAUUAAUGGAAAAUUUUGUACUAAAAAAUCAUGAAGAAUUUGUUUUUCAGGAAUAAAGUUUUUU